UGCUAUGGAACUGCAAUUGCAGCGUACCAACGAAGAAUCUACUGAAAACGUAAAGCAAUUGGAGGUAGAGUUCGCCAAACGGGAGUUAUCGUGGCGGGAAGAAACGGAACAGCGGAACGCGGCCGUACAGCAGGAACUUUCCCAGCGCGAUGCCAAACUGGCGGAAGUUACACUGGCGAACGAGCAGCACCAAAAGCAACUUGAAGCUGCGCGACAAUCAAUGACCCAGCUGCAGGUGAUAAUUGAUCAAACCGAAACAGCACUGGCGCUGAAGAACGAUCAAGCUCAGAGCCUCAAUCAGCAGAUUGCUGACCUGCGGGCACAGCUCGCUGGCAAUGAGGAACAGGCAGGCAAGCUAAACGUGUCACUCUCCGAAGGCACCGCCCGGUUGGAGGCCAACGAAAAGAAGCUCUCCGAGGUGCAGGAACAGUUCGGAAGGCUUGAGAUCGAGCAUGCCGAUUUGCGGCGCAAAAUGGAAGCGCUCGAACAAAAGUCGGCCACAGUGCAGGCGCAAAAGGUGGACCUGGAACGCGAACUGGACACGCUUCGUUCCACCACGCUAGACUCGAACUCUGAGCUGGCGAAGGUGACCGAGGAACUCAAGGGCAGACAGCGGGCUUUGGAGCAGCUGCAGGAUGGCUACAACACGCUUAAGAUCGACGGCGAGCGGAGGGCGGACGAGAGUGCCCAAUGCACUGCGGCGCUACAGGAUCAGGUAGAACGGUUGCGGCACGAGAUGCAGCAAAUCACCGACCAAAAGAUCGUCCAGGAGAACGAACUCAACACGGAGUUGCGCAAAAUCAAGGAGCUAGCCGAGCAAGAGAAGGACAAUCUCGUGCGUGAAAUCGCAGCCAUGAGGGCAAGUUUCGACGAGGAACGGCAACGUCUGUCGAACGAGCUGCACACGGCGGAACUGGAAGGGUUACGGCAGUCGGAGUUGUUGCAACAGUUGGCCGCCUGUCAGGAGGAGAUCCAGGUGCUCGGCAAAGCGAGAGCGGAUUCGGAGAAAGCAUGCCAAGAAACGCGCAAACAACUGGCCGAUCUGAACAGCUCGUACGGCGAAAUGGAGGAUGAGCAGGUGGAUCUGGUGAGUCGAGAAGAGGCGCUCAAAAAAGAACUGACCCAGCUGGAGGACCGACUACAGACCACUGCCAACGAACACUUGAGUCAGCUGGGUAUUCUGAACGAACGAAACAAUGAUCUGUUAACGCUUGUGGAUACGACCACGGCCGCCAAGGCAUCCGUAGAGGCUGAGGUGGUUUCGUUAAAGACUCAGCUAGACCAGCAAUCAUCGGCGAGCGUGGCACUCCAAGCGAAAGUAGACGAACUGAGCCCACUGAUAGAAUCGAGCGCAGCUCUAGCGCAAACGGUGCAAUCUCUACAGCAGACGCUACUGGCCAAAGACUCCACCGUACAGGAGCUCACGAAAGCGUUGGAAGAGUCCAAGCAACAAACCACACUCCGGGAGGAGACUCUCGGCAAAGUGCAAGAGGAACUAGAAAAACUUCACCAGGAUGUAACUAGCAAGGACCGAAAUCGGGACGAACUCCAGACCAAACUCGAUGCAUCGGAACGGAUGCUGGCGGAGCAGUCUGAGCGGGAGAAGCGAGCCUGCGAUGAGAUGGCCGAGUUGAGACGCACCUUGGAGCAGGGUCGCAGCGUUGCCCGCGAGCAGGAAGAUCGUGCGAAGGAGCAGCAGCGUCGCAUCAGCGAACUGGAAACGAAACUGGCCGCCCAAUCGACACAAUUUGACGAGCUGCUCGAUCGGAAGAAAUGCUCCGAGACCGAACAUUCGGCUCGUCUGCACGAGCUGACCCAGAAGCUGCUCGAGAUGGAAAAUGGAAAGCGGGCGGAGAUUCUGGAGCUGGAGCAACGGUUGGCCACGCUCGUGGAGCGAACGGAGGCGCAAGCCGCCGACACGGCCCAGACCCAGACGGCCCACCAGCGGGUGGCCGAUCGGCGCCAGCAGGAGCUCGAGUGUGCCAAAAAGGAUCUGGAACUACGCGAAACCGAGCUACAGCUCGCCAACCGACGCCUGGAGAAGGACAACGAACGGAUGCGCGCGGAGCUGCUCGCAAAGGAGAGCGAAGUGGCAAAGUUAUCGAAAGCGGCCAGUUCGGCCGCGAGUGCCGCAACGAUGAUCCCGGCGUUGGCCGGUGGUGGUGACGCAAACAACGAGAGCGGAGCACAGAUCGACUUUCUCAACUCGAUCAUCGUCGAUAUGCAGCGGAAAAACGAGAAACUCAAGCUACGUGUCCAGGCCCUGGAGUCGACCGGUCUCGACAGCCAAAACAUGAGCUUCGAAAUCCAGAAACGGAAACCGGCGCCACGUGUCUUCUGCGAUAUCUGCGACGAGUUCGAUCUGCACGAAACCGAAGACUGUCCGAAGCAGUGCUCCGACAGUCCACCGGAAUCGCUGAAACAUGCGGGCGAUGAGAAGGAACGCAAACUGCCACCGCCUCGGAAGUACUGCGAAAGUUGCGAAGUUUUCGGCCACGAGAUAGGAGAAUGCCCGGACGACGAGACGUACUAAGAGCCGAACCGGAUGGAAGCCGAACUCACUUUCUACUCACUAGACGGGUGUUUUAACCGUUUCAUUUGAAGCGUAGAACAAGUUUUGCAUGCUAGGCUUAGUUUAUGCUUUAAACAAUUUAAUUUUCGUUUAUUAAACGGGAGAGCGAAUGGGUGCGCUGUUUGUUUGUGAAUCAGGAAAAAGUAAAUUAUUUAUCUGUGAAUUAGGUGUAGCAGCUACAUUGGUUUCUGUUUCUAGUGAUCAUUGUUAGAACAAGGAUUAAAAGCUAAAGGACGCGCAGUCAGGAUUUCAGAUGAUAGAUCAAUUGUUGUUAAUUCUGUUCCUUCGAGCGUUUCGGAAAUGUCAUUUGAAGAGGAAAAGGCAAAGUUUAGAACUAGUUAGAAUAAUUCAAUAUUUAUACGGAAGAAAACAAUAUAUAGGUCACCACACCAUACACAGUUUGAAAUUCUCUCCCGCCGCACGGGCACGGGCUUGCUCGGGCCAAAGUGGCGUUUCGGCGGGACCGGUCCGAAAUCCUGCCUGCCGAGCCAACGGCGGCAAACGGCGUUUUGGGAGAUGCUUUUCAAUCGCCGCCUUCCUUCUUCUCUUUCAUCGCCUCCCGGAACCGUUCCUCGAACA